AUGGUUUCCACAAACAACAAAGGAGCGACGACCAUGGUGUCGGACAUGCGGGGGACCUUCCCCGAGUGGCUGGAGGAGUCCGCGUGCUCCGUCGACACGCUCGCGUGGAGCGGCAACGAGCCGAACUGGCGCGGGCACGAGCGCCACCCCAGCAGGCAGUCCAGCUCGGAGCCGGCGCCACCGCACCACCACAUGCUGGACCCGGCACUCGCCUGCAACCCCAUGCUUGAGCCGCUGGACCUGCUGCCUGGCGACCACGAGCGGAAGGCCAGCAGUGCGCAGGCGCCUGAAGGGAGUGUGGUCAGCGGCGGGCGGUCGCCUUCGCAAGCGACGGCCAGGGGGUGUCCGUCCGCCUGGCUGGCCGCCACCUCGCACCCGCGCUGCCCCUCCUGGAUGGACGCGGCGCGCGCCGUCUCGUUCGCCGUGAUCGGCCUGGUGCUGUGGGGGGUGAUGUACUCGCUGGGCGGCACCACGGCCACGCCCGGCGGCCAGCUGUUCAACCUGUACGUGCUGUACGUGACCGCCGUGCUGGCCGGCUACGUGGCGCACGGCGCGCGGCUGCCCCCGCUGGUCGGCAUGCUGCUGAUGGGCGCGCUGCUGCGCAACACGGGCUUCCUCAGCGUGUCGGGCAGCUACCUCAAGCUCGUCACCUUCCUCCGGCGCACGGCGCUGAUGACCAUCCUGACGCGCGCGGCCCUCGAGUUCGACCCCAAGAACCUGGAGCGCUUCAGGUGCGUGCUGCUGAGGUUGGCGCUGCUGCCGUCCCUGCUGGAGGCCGCCACCGUCGCCCUGCUCGCCAGAUACGUGCUGGGCCUGCCCUGGCUCUGGGGCGUCUUCCUGGGGAUCACGCUGGCCUCCGCGGCGCCCGCAGUCACCAUCCCCUCGCUGUUCGGCCUGCAGCUCGACGACUACGGCACCGACAAGGACAUCCCGGCGCUCAUCAUCGCCGCGUCCAGCUUGGACGACCUGGUGUCGCUGGCCGCCUUCGGCGUGCCGCUCUCCGUCAUCCUCAGCGAGGAAGGUAUGUGGGCUUCUAUUCUGAGAGGACCAAUAAGAGUCAUCGUCGGUUUGACGGUGGGAAUCACUUGGGGCCUGCUGCUCAAGUAUGUUCCUGAAAUGUACGACGACUACGUGCACAUCCUGCGCGCGCUGCUGCUGGGGCUGGGCGGCACGGUGAUGCUGCUGACGAGCGGCGAGUACGGCUUCGAGGGCGCCGGCCCCGUGGCCUGCAUGAUGGGCGCCUUCAUCGCCUGCCACAGCUGGAGGCGGCAGGGCUUCUCGGAGAACCACAACCCGGUGGCGAACUGCUUUGCCAUCUUAUGGGGGUUGAUGCAGCCAGUCCUGUUCUCGCUGAUCGGGGGUGAGAUCGACCUAUCCAACAUCGACGGCAAAAUGAUACUCCUGGGAGCCGCAGUCAUAUACGGCGGACUGCUGGUGAGAAUGUUGAUAACAGUGUGGGUGUCGUCUGGUGUCAAGUUCAACUGGAAGGAAAAGGCGUUCAUUGCCAUGUCCUGGUUCCCCAAAGGAACCGUUCAGGCGGCGCUGGGACCCACGGCCCUGGACCUGUCGCGGCUGCUGGAGCAGGACGCCGCCAUGGUCGCCACCUCGACGAGCUUCCUGCACGUGGUGAUCCUGGCCAUCCUGCUGACGGCCCCGCUCGGCUCGCUGCUGCCCCUUGCCGGCCGCCAGCUGCUGUCCCGCGCCCCGCACGCCCACGCCCAGUCCGACACGGAGUCCGUGGUGACCGUGGGCGCCUUCAGCGAGCUGGCCAGCGGCGUGGUCAACCGGGGCUUCAUCGUCGACCCGGCGCGCGAGUGGCACGGCGACCGCACCGCGUCCCUCUAGCGCUCUGCCCCGCACGCCCACGCCCAGUCCGACACGGAGUCCGUGGUGACCGUGGGCGCCUUCAGCGAGCUGGCCAGCGGCGUGGUCAACCGGGGCUUCAUCGUCGACCCGGCGCGCGAGUGGCACGGCGACCGCACCGCGUCCCUCUAGCGCUCUGCCCCGCACGCCCGCGCCGACACGGAGUCCGUGGUGACCGUGGGCGCCUUCAGCGAGCUGGCCAGCGGCGUGGUCAACCGGGGCUUCAUCGUCGACCCGGCUCGCGAGUGGCACGGCGACCGCACCGCGUCCCUCUAGCGCUCUGCCCCGCACAGCCCCGUGGUCACCACGCCGUUUUAUCAUUCCUUACCCGAGCAGUGCGAUUCAGCUCUCCAAAUACUCUAAACAUUUUAUCAGUUGUGAACUUACUUAAUGCAGUUUCAUCGUAGUAGGUUCGAAAGUCAUUCUAUUUUGUGAAAUGUUUCGUAAAUACUUUGCCGUGUAUCAGCAAACAUCAUCCUGACACCUAUUCCAUUAUGUACCAAAUUCGGAUGUAAAUGUAAUUGGAAAAAACCAAAUAGUUCGCAAAUAAAACUAUUAUACCUGAAAAAAAAAUAAUAAA